CACAGCUUCAAAACAUCCAAUCAGGCGUGAGUCUGGACCUGGUUUUCUACUGAACACACAAGUUCAUUACCUCACUAUCACUUUGUCUAAACAGGAACGAUGAUCACACUCUUUGUGGCUCUUUACUCUCUGCUUUGUCUCUGCACAACUGGAAACACUUCUGACAUCAAGGAGUUUCAAGUGAAAACAGUAAAGCCUGGACAAGCUGUAACUAUGGGGUGUAACAUUACUGGGGUCAGAAACAAAUAUACUUUCGCUUGGUACAGACAGAGUUUUGGAAAAGUGCCUCAGUUUUUUGCGAGACAGUACGUUGGCUCUCCUGGCUACAUAUUUGUUGAGGGAUUUAAUGAUAACCGCUUCAAUGUUACUGUAAAAGACCAAAAGUUUGAUCUCAACAUUAAUGAAAUAAGAGAAGAUGAUGGAGGAGAAUAUUUCUGUGGAUAUGUGGAGGGAAGUACACCAAAGUUCACAUCUGGAACACGUCUGCAGUUUGAAGGUGAAGAGAUGAAACCCUGUCCUACACCUGGAACACUUAACAAGAACACACACUCUGUUACACACCAGGGUUCAAACAGCAGUGCUGGAGAAGGUUCCAGUUAUACUGAUCGGAUUCAUGUGCUGGUCUGGUUUUCCGUUUUUAGAGUUGGAGUUCUUUUCUUCAUUAUUUUAACAAUAACACUGAUUGGAUUUAAGUUAAAAAUAAAUUAAACUGUUAAAUUAAAUUUGAAAAUAUUGCUAAUUUAUGGAUAAGAAAUGUUUAAAAUUAAAAUAGAGCAAUUGCUUAUAUCAACGGUAUACUGGAAUGAUUUGUGUCAAAUUGUAAUGUCAUGUAUUUAAGGGACAUGAGAUCUAACGAUGUCAGAGCGUGCCCUAGUAAAAAAAUAAAUAAUAUAUUUUUUUAAUCUAACUGCAGUGUGGGAUCAUGAAUGACCAUAAAUAUACAGUAUAUUAGGAAAAAUAAAUUCUUAAGCAAUUGUAUUUCAGUAAAUAAAAUCUAAAGUGAGUGUUCAAAGCAGUAGUCCUCUUUAUUUCCACAUCGCAUUAUGUACAUGUUUGAGAGUCCAGGAAGGUGUAUGAGACAAAUCACACACAACUAAUUAAUAAUGA